GUGUGUGUGUGUAUGUGUGCAUAUAUGUGUGUAUGUGUGCAUAUAUGUGUGUGUGUGUGUGUGUGUUUGUGUGUGUCUGUGUAUGUGUGUCACAGGGAAUACCUCUGUGUGAAUGGAGGGAGGGAUUUAACCGGCAGAGAGGACAUUCUGUGUUUGCAGAUUCUGUGUGGCUCUGCUGAUAAUUAGCAUUUCUGUAAAUGUGCCGGUGAUGUCCUUUGGAGAACAGAGCAACAGGAAACCACAAGACAUUAGUACAGGUUCAAAUCAGGACCAUCAGGACCAUCAGGACCAACAGAACCAACAGAACCAGAACAGCAGCUUCUCUGGAAGGAUUUCUAACUUCCCUGUCAGCUGCUGAACUAUUUGUGUUUCUUUUGGACCAACCUCUAUAAUUUACAGAGAAAAAACAGAGCAAGCCGGCUGGGUCUCUGAUAUAGUCUCUGCUUUUAGACUCAACUCUUCUGUCCAUGUUGGAGCAUCAGUGCCAGUCUGAAAACAUCAUGUCUUCUCUGUUUUCUGCCUUCUUCUUCCUGGCCAUCGGUCUUCUCGUGGACGCCUCUCCGGCCGUCUCUCUGCCUCCGGAGAGCUCCUUGACGUCUCCACCUUCUCCAGCGUCUCCACCAUCUCCACCAUCUCCAGCAUCUCUAGGGUCGCCACCGUCUCCACCAUCUCCAGCCUGUCCGUCUUGCUCCCUGCCUCAGACGAGGAGGAACUCGUCGUCGCCCAACGGACAGAGCGACAUGGUGGAGGCAGUGAAACGUCACAUUCUCAACAUGCUGCACCUGAGCAGCCGGCCCAACCUGACGCAGCUUGUCCCACGCGCCGCGCUGCUCAACGCCAUCCAGAAGCUGCACGUGGGCCGCGUGGCCGAGGACGGCAGCGUGGAGAUCCAGGAGGACGGCUGGGGCCCCGGGGCCUCAACGCCACCCGAACCCACCUCUGAAGUCAUCAUCUUCGCUGAGCCAGGAGCCUCCCCGGACACGGUGACCUUUGACCUUUCUCAGGACGGCAGUGGCUCGGCGCUCGUGGAGCAGGCCAACGUCUGGAUCUUCCUCAAGAUUUCGAAGGGAAAGCGAGCUAGCGGCAAAGUGUUGCUGCGGCUGCUGCAGCGUCACCGCGACGACGGCGGCGAUGAGAAUGAGGAAUGUGUUUCGGAGAAGAUGGUGGACGCACGGCGCAGCGGCUGGCACACGCUCGCUGUCUCCCGCAGCGUCCAAACAUUGCUGGAUGCCGGCGGGGGCUCGCUCAGCCUGCGGAUCUCCUGUCUGCUGUGUGCGGACGCCGCGCCCGUCCUGGCGCCAGGGGGGGGCGAGCACAGCGGCGCCCGGGACCAGCCCGGCGGUGCCCGGGACCAGUCCCACCGGGACCAGUCCCACCGGCCGUUCCUCAUGGCGGUGCUGCAAGCCCCGGAGGAGGGGACGCAGCGCCGAGUCAAGCGAGGCCUGGAGUGCGACGGGAAAAUACGCGUCUGCUGCAAACGGCAGUUUUACGUGAACUUCAAAGACAUCGGCUGGAACGACUGGAUUAUCGCUCCGUCUGGUUACCAUGCCAACUACUGCGAGGGGGAGUGCCCCAGCCACAUGGCGGGCUUCAGCGGCUCGGCGCUGUCCUUCCACUCGACCGUCAUCAACCAUUACCGCAUGCGCGGCUACAGCCCGUUCCAGAACAUGAGGUCGUGCUGCGUUCCCACGCGGCUGCGAGCCAUGUCCAUGCUCUACUACAACGAGGACCAGAAGAUCAUCAAGAAAGACAUCCAGAACAUGAUUGUAGAGGAGUGCGGCUGCUCGUAAACACGCACACAGACGGUAGAAACACGAACAAUAUCAGAUCAGCACUUUCACCGUAAAGAUUAAGUAUUUAUGUUUAGUGACGACGCAUCUUUUCCACAUUGGAACGACCUGAGAACACUAUGCAACAUCUCCUGCAAACUCAAACGACAUCGUCUACAUUUCUCUGUUCUAGCCUUCAUAUUUCUGUUGUUUUCUGUUGUUUUCUGCUGUUUUCUGCUGUUUUCUGCUGUUUUCUGUUGUUCAGGUUCAACCAUGUUGAGAGAAAUGUGUUCAAACAUUCCUGGCAGAGAUUUAGAUUCAGAAGAAAGCCAAAGAGAGGCGUGUGAGCUGUGAAUAAAUCAAAUAGACCAGCUGUGAAGAUUAUUAGAUGAAAUUAUUUAACACUUUGUUUUAGCAGUUUUUGGUCUUUGCUUCAUUGUGGAAAAAAAAAAUGUUGCCAACUUUAUAUAAUUUAUUUGCAUUUUUUAGCUUCGUCAUUAAACAAUGAUGUUCGUCAACAUUGAA